AGCGAUCGAUGACGCGUGACAUUCUACAAAAUACUGUAUUAUUAAAUUGAGUUCCUUGCUUUUUUGCGAAUCGUUCAUUGGUAGUUGCCGAUCCGAUACCGUAUUUUAUUCCUAUAAUAGGAGUGUUAAUGCAGCUAAUGUCAUGUUCAAGGCGAAAAUUAUAGUUGUUGGACCCUGCGAAAGUGGGAAAACUGCGGUUUCAAACUUUUUAGGAGAUCAAACUGAUCAUUCGGAAUCAAAUUAUCACCCAACAGCAGGUGUUAGAAUUCUUGAAUUUGAGCAACAAGUUAAAAGUCGAAACAGAAAUGUUGAUGUUGAAAUUGAGCUAUGGGAUUGUAGUGGAAGCGAAGAAUAUGAAAGCUGUUGGCCAGCCAUGGCUUCGAAUGCUGACAGUGUGAUCAUAAUGUACAAUCCAUUCGAAUCAAGCAACAAAUUGCAACUCAAUAAUUGGUUUGAUUACUUUGUGUCAGGACAAGGCUUGAAAGAAGAGUACUGUGCAAUAUUCGCUCAUUGCAAGAAUAAAGAGGCUACUAAGAAUAUAUCUUCACCACUAUCUGAUAAUAUACCAUUUUAUGUCACAAAUUUGGAUGGAGACCCAGAUCAAUUAAAAGAUGCAUUCACAAAAAUUUUGGGUAGAGUUCUCAGCAAAUUAUCGGAUUCCAGGGAGAAAGAAGAACUGAGUAUCAUAAACUGAUUGCUGGCUAUAAAUUUUUUGUUUUUCAUUUCCAAUAAUUGCAAUGCUAAAGGUCGAGUUGGCUGUGAUAUAUAAUACGUAGAUGUAUUUUUUUCCAUGGAAAAUUACGAAUGUGUCCAGAUUGCAAUUUCAAUUGCACUCGACUCAGUUUAUGUUUUCAAAUUUCACAUCUUAUCUUUUUUUACCAUUCAUAUAAUAUUGUUCAAAUUAUACAACUGAAUGUGACAAAUGAUUCUUUUCAAAUGUGUGCAUUGUGGUCAAUUUGGCACUUUUAUAGGUACAGCAAAAUUUGCAACUAUUUUGCUUCGUUGUUUAGCUGCUUUGACUUUUAAUCCGCUAUACUGAAUUGAUAUGAAAUUUUUUCUAAAGUGUUAUUUGUGGGGCACGCGCUCCUUAUAUUGACCCUUAGGUGAACCUAAGAAAGGAUAUGCAACUGAAUCUAUUAUAACAGAUUUUGUAAUUUCA